AUGCUAAGGCAGCACAACUUCCAUCAUGUAAAUUCAGAACCAACAAGACUACAAGCGUGCUUGGAUAAUGCUUUUGUCAACUGCGCUCGUGAUAUGUACUCCACCAAGGCGCAGAACGCCAGGGCGGUCGCCUGCGUCUGCACGCCACUGGCAGAUUCCGCUUGUGUGAGACAGGCGGGGCGACCUUUGCAGCAGCAACAACACAGCCAAGGCCACUUUCUCCGGCUAAAUUAUACGGAGAAACUCGCGACGCGUCGCCAGCGCACCUGGUGCUUCCUCAGCAGCCAACGGCUCCUCCAGCAGUUCUUCAGUGACGCUCCAGCCGCUGACAUGGCAACCUACACGCUCCCUCUCGCCGCCAUCCUGCUGCUCCUAGCAGUGUGUGCCCUGGCCGUCGACCCGUCGGACCUGAGCCAGUGCGACGAAGCAGACACGCAGGAGGUGCGGCCGGUGUGCGCGGGCGACGGACGCGCCAUCAGGACCUUCCAGAACCGCUGCGCCGUCUACCGCUACAACCGCGUGAAGCGCACCCGUUUGCGUGUGUUGAGCGAAGGCGAUUGCUACAACAACGUCCGCGGCGUGCAGUGAGGUACAGACCCACGCCACGACCCACGGCAGCAGAAGACCGUGCCAGCACAUCUUUGUUUACUCGAUGUAUUGAUGAGUGAAUAUCGUCCGAUGUGGUUUCUGAGUCAGUGCGUGUUUUGUUAAUAUGUUUAGGGCAGAUACAGACUGGUAAAGCUCAAUUAUGUAGCAGAAUGUUCUCUAAUAAAUACUGAUUGUCAGUAAGAAUGUCACUACCGAUAGCACAGUGAAGUCGAGGUGGAAAACCUCUAUACCCUUUGAUCAACACCUUCGCCUAUCCUAUCACUUAUAUAUAUUAAUAAAAGGAAUGCCACUUGUAAAACGUGAGCACAUUAAAUACAAUUUGUGAUGUA